GUAAUUUGUAUCAUUUACAGCGCGGAGUGGAUGCUGAAGGAGCGACAUUAUUUUGUUCAAAUGAACCCCAAAAAUUCGCUUAACCUACCAACUACAUGCAUUUACAAAGGGAAUUCCCCUCGACCAAACUAAAAAAACUACAACUGUCAGGUUCUGUCGGAUUCUCUCUUACGGUUACCGUAAAGAAUGGAACACAUACCGCGAUUAUCAGAGGCUGUGUAUGUGGGGGUGUGUCGUAUAGCGGGCACGCCCACAAUGGUGUCAAUCAGGAGAACAGCGAUUGAUACUGCGGAGGCGAUACUGAAGUCAACGGAUGAAAAGACGCAUAUGCCGGCUCAUAUGUUAAGUGGCAGUGAUAGAGAAGGAUUCUGUUUACAAGGUUCGGACGUGGAUUACAUGAUAUGGUUUCGUGACCAUAAAGUACUGUGUGACAUCAACCAGGCUGAACGUUAUAACGUCGGGACCUGUACUCUUAUUUUGAUGGAGAGGAUCGAGGACCAACCAGGAUUUGUUUUGUUACAACUACUGACGCCCACAAAGAACAUACUUGUUAGGCGAUCAUGUAUCAGAUACAAGGACACGUUAUACAUCAGUAGUUCCUCAUUCCGACAAAACACUUUCAAAGCGUCUGGAGGAGAGAUAAUGCACGGGCCAUGUGCAAGUGGGAAAAGGGGAAAUUUAGAAUACGAUUUUGCGUUCUGCUUUCAUUCUCCACACUGGCCGUCUGCAGCUGAUAAGUUCAUAGAUAGAUGUCUUACACGAGGGUGGCCUGUUUUCAAUGUACUAAGGGACAUUAUCAGUGCCGGAUGUCACAUGGUGCCGAUAGGACUAAAGGGGUCGCCACAGGAAGAUUCGGAAUGGCGGACGUCCUUCUCUUCAGCUGAACAAAAACUUGUGUAUAGUAUGAAUCAUACACAGUUUCUGUGCUAUGGGAUGCUAAAAUUAUUUCUGAAAGAGGUAUUAAAUAUUGUAGAUGCAAAUGGACAAUCGCUACUCUGUUCAUAUUUCAUGAAGACAGUGUUAUUUUGGGUCAUUCAAAGCAACAACAUUGAUUGGUCCCCACCAAACCUACUGUCAGGAUUCUGGAUGUGUUUCAAAGGUCUAUUGUCUUGUGUUCAACGGGGUUAUCUUCCCAAUUUCUUCAUUCCAGAAAACAACAUGUUCCAGUCGAAAAUACACGGCCAUUCACAAGAGUUGUUGUAUGAUCGUCUGCUCGAAUUCUAUAACAAAGGAAUUGCGUGUUUACUUCAUAGCCCCUCCAUUCGACGUUCUCUCAUGCAGGCAAUACUUCACAGAGAGUAUGUUGUAAGUACUCGCGAGAUGGACAUUGUCUCAGAGGUGAGACUGCAUAUCGAGAUCGUCAAUGAAAUAGACAAAAUGUACGGGUCCCUGAGAAAAAUAUGUUCUAUACAGGGGGAGGGGGGCUCUUUCAUCAUGCUUGCUAGUGUUAUUACUGAUUUUGCUUUACCGAUAUCACCACACCAGCACGUGAUAUCACGGAUGUUCUGCUCAGACAUCAUCAGAUCCAUCGUAGAUCACUUAUCAGGAAUCUUAAACAACAAGAAAAACAGACAAAAAGUCGAGUUUCUUAAAUCUUGCGAACAACUCUUGAAAAUUAGCGUUCGAUUCGGAUGUUUAUCGGAUGUAAUAUAUCUUGCUUUAUUUCAUUGUGUAACGGGUGAGAAUCAGAAGGCCCUUCGAGUUUUAGAAAAGUUGAAAAGAGCUCUCUUUCAGCCUUACGUCAUCUAUAAUGGCAGAGUAAACAGAAUGGCGUACAGACAGAAAGUGGUAGGGCAGUCACUACAGGAGAAAAUGAAGAAAGCUGCAUCGAUGGAUUUAAUGUUUCCGAAACGCUGUAUGCUUAUUCAAGAACUAACACUAGAAAAAACUGUAACCACGCAGUUGGCACUAUGUAUCUCUCCAUAUAUCAUGACGCUAAUGAUGUUAAUUGUAUGUAACCAUGACAACUCACAAAAACAACAGGAAGUUCUUCGUGAGUUGUACAUCCUUGUACACAAUGAGGAUGAACGGUAUAUUGACAAAAGCUUGAGAGAUAUUUCAUGGCAGAUUCUGGGAAUUUGUCAACAGAUCUGUGGGGACCACAGGGGAGCUCUCAGAUCUUAUCAGGAAUCACUGAAGCAAGAGCCAUACAAUGGGAUACAGGAGGCCAGUUACAGGAGAAUACAAGACGCCCGCAGUAGAAUUUAGAGAAUGCCUAUUGGUUCGAUACGUCACGUGCCCUGCGACAUUUCAUACCGAUUGUAAGGCCAUUUUUGGCACACUGAUUUUGAAUAAGGAUAACUCCGUUUACCUGAUAAGGAUAUAGGGCUCACGGCGGGUGUGACCUGUCGAUAAGGGAUGCUUACUCCUCCUAGGCACAUGAUCCCACCUCUGGUGUGUCCGGGGGUCCGUGUUUGCCCGACUAUCUAUUUUGUAUUGCUUAUAGGAGUUAUGAGAUUGAUCACUGUUCGUUAUUUUUACCUUUCAUUGAUGGAGUUCACCAUGUGACUUAUAUGCUUGAGAGGAAGAACUAAAUGUUUUAUCUAGUGUAGUUAAUCAAUAAAUUAAUGUAAUAAACCUUUGAUAUUGUUUUCACUGUGUAAAUAGGUGUAGGUAACAACACACACUAAAAUUUUCCUAACGGUAUGAACACCCCCAUUGCAAGGUGGGAAAUCGUGGUUUUGAGCUCAGUGAAGACAAAAAUAUACCUUUUGAAAUAUACUUUGGAUAAUAACAAUAUAACCUCCCCUUUUUUAAAUAGAAAAAGUGGUCAUACAUCUUUGCAUCGCUAUCAAAAUAGCAGAUGCACAUCGUCAUACUUCCUGGUUGUAACAUGUUGGACGGUGACACCGGGCACUUCCACUAUGAGCCCUAUAUCAUGACCAGCUAAACGGAGUAAUCCAUCGUCAGAAUCAGUGUGUAAAGAACGACCUACGAAUGGGUAUGAAACACGUCAGGCAGCAUUUGACCCUAUGCAGAUUAUAUUUGUAAAUUUGACCAUUACAACGACCAUAUGAUUCGUGAAUUGCCAAAGGUGUAACUUGUAAAGUGAGCUUGGCAUCACAUAACCAUACUCGGGUUUUGAAUGCACAUCAAUAGCCCGGUCUACUGAAGAGAGAGAGAGAGAGAGAGAGAGAGAGAGAGAGAGAGAGAGAGGUAACACACAUCAAACCGAUACAUGAAAGUAUAUUUAGAUAUAGGGCUCACGGCGGUUGUGACUGGUCAACAGGGUAUGCUUACUCCUCCUAGGAACCUGAUCCUACCUCUGCUAUAUCCAGGAAUCCAUGUUUGCCCAAGUUUCUAUUUUGUAUUGCUUAUAGGAGUUAUGAGAUUAAUCACUGUUCGUUAUCUUCAUCUUUCAUUUUCAAGAUGCUAAUAAUAAUUAGGAUACUGAACAAUGCCAUAUUGUUUUUAUUUGCUCUGUGGAGAAUACAUCGUCGCGACAUGGGGAUUAUCAUAUAAUUUCUAUAUUGUUUUACGUCCGUUCGAGAUUUAUUUCCUUAUAUUGAGACGUCACUAGCUGUAGGUGAAGUGGAAGUUUAGACCUGUGCUUGACGCCCAUAGUCAUACCAGUGAGGGUUCCAUAAGGUUUCAAUGCCUGCUGCGAUACGGGUCCCAUUUUCAAGGUCAUAUUCGAAAGACCACGCAAUUGUUACUUCUAAGUGGCGAGCGUUAAGCUACGAAUCAAUCAUUACCUAUGUUCACCUGUUAACUAAUUACUACCUAUGUUUACCUGUUAAUUAAUCAUAACCUAUUUUUACCAGUUGAUUAAUCACUACCAAUGUUUACCUGUUAAUCACUACAUAUAUUUACCUGUUUAUCACUACCUAUGUUUACCUGUUAAUCACUAUCUCUGUUUACCUAUUAAUCACUACCUAUGUUUACCUGUUAAUUAAUCACUACCUAUGUUUACCUGUUAAUCACUAUCUAUGUUUACCUGUUAAGUAAUCACUACCUCUGCUUACCUGUUAAUUAAUCACUACCUAUGUUUACCUGUUAAUUAAUUACUACCUAUGUUUACCUGUUGAUUAAUUACUACCUAUGUUUACCUGUCAAUUAAUCACUACCUAUGUUUACCUGUUCAUUAAUCAUAACCUAUGUUUACCUGUUAAUCACUACCUAUAUUUACCUGUUAAUUAAUCACUAUCUAUGUUACCUGUUAAUUGAUCACUACCUAUAUUUACCUGUUAAUCACUACCUAUGUUUACCUAUUAAUCACUACCUAUGUUUACCUGUUAAUUAACUACUACCUAUGUUUACAUGUUGAUUAAUCACUACCUAUGUUUACCUGUUAAUCACUACAUAUAUUUACCUGUUUAUCACUACCUAUGUUUACCUGUUAAUCACUAUCUAAGUUUACCUGUUAAUUAAUCACUACCUGUGUUGACAUGCUAAUUAAUCACUACCUAUGUUUACCUGUUCAUCAAUCACUACCUACGUUCAGCUGUUAAUUAAUUAUUACUUCUGUUAACAUGUUAAUUAAUCACUACCUAUGUUUACCUGUUAAUUAAUCACUAGCUAUGUUUACCUGUUAAUCACUAUCUAUGUUUACCUGUUAAUUAAUCACUACUAUGUUUACCUGUUAAUUAAUCACUACCUAUGUUUACCUGUUAAUUAAUCACUACCUAUGUUUACCUGUUAAUCAAUUACUACCUAUGUUUACUUGUUGAUUAAUUACUACCUAUGUUUACUUGUUCAUUGAUCACUACGUAUGUUUACCUGUUAAUUAAUCACUACCUAUGUUUACCUGUUAAUCACUAUCUAUGUUGCCUGUUAAUUAAUCACUACCUAUGUUUACCUGUUAAUCACUACCUAUGUUUACCUGUUAAUUAAUCACUACCUAUGUUUACCUGUUAAUCACUACCUAUGUUUAUCUGUUAAUCACUACCUAUGUUUACCUGUUAAUUAAUCACUACCUAUGUUUACCUGUUAAUUAAUCACUACCUAUGUUUACCUGUUGAUUAAUCACUACCUAUGUUUACCUGUUGAUUAAUUACUACCUAUGUUUACCUGUUAAGCUUGACGGGGUCACGUUUUCAUAUGAUGGCAUUCCAAGGAAGAAAAACGCCAAGGGGUCAGUUGCACAAAAAUUAGAUAAAUUUUACAGACAGUUAACUUCAAGUUAACGCCACAUGAAUGUUAAAGUUAAUGACAAUUUAACUGUCGGUUAAAGUUAACUAACUUCUGGGUCCUGUUUAUUAGGGAUUGGUUCAUACGUUCCUUUAGAAUGAAUGUGAAGCUUGUACAUUAUUCAAAAUAACAGUUUGAGCAAUAUUUGUUCUACAAUGCUUUAAAAUAUUUUAUUUAGAGAUAGAGAGCGUCCAAGUUCCGUACAUUAUUCCUCAAUAAAUCAGUAAAUACGUAAGCAAUGAUCGUUUUCCUAUAUCAGUAGAUCUUUACAGAACGUCCCUGUCCCUCCUCUCUUCAUCUACACAUUCUCUCCAUGUACCUCUCUCCAUCUAUCCCUCCUCUCCACCUGUCUCUCCUCUCUCCACCUGUCUCUCCUCUCUCCAUCUGUCUCUCCUCUCUCCAUCUGUCUCUCCUCUCUCCACCUGUCUCUCCUCUCUCCACCUGUCUCUCCUCUCUCCACCUGUCUCUCCUCUCUCCAUCUGUCUCUCCUCUCUCCACCUGUCUCUCCUCUCUCCAUCUGUCUCUCCUCUCUCCAUCUGUCUCUCCUCUCUCCACCUGUCUCUCCUCUCUCCAUCUGUCUCUCCUCUCUCCAUCUGUCUCUCCUCUCUGUAUCUGCUCAUCAUCUCUACAUCUGCCUCUCCACUCUCCAUCAAUAUCUCCUCUCUCCAUCUGUCUCUCCUCUCUCCACCUGUCUCUCCUCUCUCCAUCUGUCUCUCCUCUCUGUAUCUGCUCAUCAUCUCUACAUCUGUCUCUCCUCUCUGUAUCUGCUCAUCAUCUCUACAUCUGCCUCUCCACUCUCCAUCAAUAUCUCCUCUGUCCAUCUGUCUCUCCUCUCUCUAUCUGUCUCUCCUCUCUCCAUCUGUCCCUCCCCUCUCCAUCUGCUCCUCUUUUAUCCAACCUGAUCGUCCAAGGAGAGUGCGUUAAAUUUAGAAUAUGCCGUGUUCCAAAUAUUUGUGCUUGUGCACUUUGAUUUGAAAUCGUAUUAUGCAUUGACAGUUAACCUACAAUGGUUAACCAUAAAGAUUUUUUGUCAUCUGGAGCGGAUGUAGGGCUUUCACAUGAAACCAUGGGGCGACUGACCACAUGUUUCGUUUAUUGCAGAUCUGCACAGAAAAUUGAAUUGACAUUCAUUUUCCGUAAACACUGUUGAUCGAAGAUGUCAAAAUCCAGAGUGUGUCAUGGACAGGUUUAUUGUCUUUAUAUGUUCGCACGUGGAAUUUUGACACAACACACGCGCUGUCAACAUGGAAUUUGGAAUAAAUCGUUCAUGAGGUUGUGUAGAUUAUUAAUCUUAAAGUAUCAUAAGAACACACAAUCGAUUUUUCAGGUGUAGGGUUUGCGACGCAAGUUAGUGCCUUCGGUAUUGUUUUUUUUUUUUUCAAGAAUCACCCCCAGAGUCGUCCUCAUCUGCUUCGUACUUAAAUAUCUUAUUGAACAUCGAUGUUAACCGCAAUUCAAGAGUCAUUUUCUGUACAAACCAAAGAAUCUGAAAAUGUCGUUUAAACACAUGGCACCAAUAUCCAUAUCUUUUUUUGGAAUUAUGAGUAUACUUAUGUAUGUAUUAGUGAAUAAAAACUCAUUUUAUCAUUUUGAAGUGCUCGUUACCACGGCAACCAGACAUGACCUAAUAAUGGGCAUUUUCAAAGGCUCAAUUCCAUAAAAUAUAGCAUAUUUAACUCCCACAUUUCUUAUAAAGAAAUAGAAUGACAAUGCCUUUAUCUUUAUAUUAUAAAUUAAGUAUUCUUAAAUGAUCAAAAUAAUUAAUAUUCAAAUGUACUGCUUUAAGGUUGAUCGAUCCUCAUGUGAUGUCAUAGGUUUUUGCAAAAUGUUAUUUAAUUAAAUUUUGCGCAUGAUUGAAAUAUAUCUUUCAGAGAAAUUUUAUUCACUGAAUAAAAUAAAAAAUUUGGUAAACUUUUAAUACUGAAAAAGUUUUUAUUUUCCAUAGAUAAUCGAUUAUUUAUAAUUUUAAAAAUGUUGUCAAGGGCAAUAACUCAUAUGCUGGAAUUUCCUCUGCUGCAUGUUUAUGACACAAUGAUUUCCCUAAUAUCCACAAUUAAUUUUAUAUAUCUAUCAAUUAUCAGAUUUCUUAAAACUGUUGACAUAUAAAUUUUGUCAUUUCAACAAGUUUUUAUUAAUUUUCACCAUUCCUUUUAACGAAAAUGUGUAUUUUUUUAUGUUGAUGUAUACUUCUGUUUUUCUAUGUCUGACAUCUUAAAAAGGUGGCAACAUACACAUUUUCUUUGGUUAUUGAUUAGAUUAAACAAUAUUGAGUGGAAAUCAAUAUAGUUUUCCCACUUUUGACCAAUAAUAUUGAUAAGUCACACGAGGAUCGACCCACCUUAUCGUAGUUCCACACUCGUGUGACGUCAUAGGAUUUUGCAAAGUCAAUAAUUUAAUGAUAGGAACAUAAAUUUUGUUGGAAUCUUUUUCAAUAGUUAUUGUAAAAAAUCUUGUUAGCCAUAAAAUAAUUCAAAAUUCUUAGUUAUAUUUGAAUAGUCAAUUAUAUGUUUCAAAAUAUUGAAUCCAAGGACAAUAACUCUGUUUUCAUUCAAUUAUUUAUCAAGUCCAUAAUGCGAUAUAUUUCCUUUAUUUUUGACAAACAUUUUACCAAGGUGAUAAGGAAUCAUUAUCUGUGUUUUUUCAUGAAAUUAUAUACAAUUUUAAUCCCGAGUGAUUUAAAUAGCUCAGCUGUAUGGUGCCAGACUUCAGUUUUUGAUGGGGGUAUACAUAAUCUGGAAGCUAUAGAUUUGAAAUUAUUAAGGAAAGGUAUGGAUUUUUUCCCAUGAAUAACUAUAACAGAUGUAACUCUACUAAUAUAAACAGAAAAAAUGAUAUGUAAACCAUGCUAUAAGGAAAAUGCGUCCACAUUUGUUUGUUUUUUAACAUUUUGGGGAAUAACGCUAAUUCAAUAAUUUUCCACAUAUUAUUCUAAAACUUGAUGAACAUAUUGAAAAUGACAUGUGUUUUAGUUAUUGAC